UCCCUCUAUCCUUCCCCAUUCUGAGCUCCAGACCUCAAGGAGCAUCUGAGGCUCAUCAGGACACUAGAGGCCUGGCAGAUGUGGAUUCCGAAGAGACAGAUCUUGGUGUAUGAUCAGAUAGGAUCUGGAUCUUUAGACCUGAGAGUAUGAGUGUUAGUCGAGCGCUGCAGCUGUCCGUUUUGCUGGUCGGACUCUGUCAGGCCCGCCGUGCCCCGCCGACAGAUGGCGGCUCCACAUCGCAGGAGGCCGGCCAGGUCCCCGUGUCCCAGCUGAGGAUGCUCUCGCUGGGGCUGGCUCACCUGCUGCACGGGGUGGAGGAGAACGCCGAGCAGCUGGAAAAACAGGGAGAGCAGGUGGCGGCAGAGCUGGACGGAGCAACCAGGAGUCUGGAGAGUCUUCGUAAGAAGAGUUUACAGGCUGGACGGACUCGCAGGCAGGUGAGGAAGGACCUGCAGAUACUGAGUGCCAGGGGGGACAGGCUGUGGAGGGUGGUCAAAGAGCUGCAGAAGGGGCUGGAGGAUCUGGAGACAGAGCAGAGAGCCAUGGAGCAACGUAUGAACCGGAUCCUCCAACGGGUGGAGAGCCUGAGCGAGCCGAGGUCAGGAGGUCGGAGUCAGCUCGACGUUAGCUCCAUGAAGGUCAUCAUGGAUAAACAGGCCAGACGCCUCGCCAGUCUGACCUCAGAGGUCUUGGCCCAGGACAGACUGAUCAACAGACGCCUGCAGCGCAUUCAACACCUGGAAAAACAGGUGUCUGACAGCGUCCCAGCAGCGCUGAUGACAGAUGAAGAUGCUGAGUCCGACUGUGUCUGAUGAGCACAGCUGCAUCAACACAGACACUCGAAAUCACUCAUGAGCAGCGAAGUCCGACAAAAUGAUCCACUCUGAUGUGUCACAGUCAACCAAGUUUAGAUAAAUACACACAUUAGAGGAACUUUCCAACACAACCUGUCAGCUCGAGAUGAAAACUAUUGUGACUACUUGUAUGAUGCGUCUCGUCCUCAACAGGAUACGUGUCUGUCUGUCUAUAAAGGGUUCAAAAAUAAACGUUCCUGUACUUGA